CUUUACAUCCGACUGGUCGGUUGAGGAUGGACUUUCCUAUCUGAAGAGCAUGCGAGCGUGCUUGAAGGACAUGAAAGAACGAGAUGAGCAGUUGCGGGCCGAUUUGGCGAUCUUUGGACUCAGCUAUGACGAAAGCGUGGAUCUCUCCAAGUUGGAGAAUGAACUGGCGUCUUUGGAGAUGGUUUGGGAAUUGGCGGCGCAAUGGAGUACCGCCUGGAACAGCUACAAAUCCGGGGAGUUUUGGAGCAUUGAAACCACGGAAAUGGAAGAAACUGCCCAAUUUCUGUUCAGGAAACUCACGCGCUUAUCUAGGGAGCUGGCGGAGAAAAACUGGAAGAUUGUGGAGGAUGUACGAAGCCAAGUGGACGCAUUUCGCAGAACUUUGCCACUCUUGGGCGACUUGAAGAAUCCGGCAAUGAGGCCGCGACAUUGGGAGAAAGUGAAGAAAGUGGUCGGCAUUGAGUUUGAUGAGAGCAGCUCCGAGUUUAACUUGGAGGCGAUCUACGCCAUGGAAAUGCAUAAAUAUGCGGAAGAUAUAAACGAGAUUUCGAACGCGGCCACGAUGGAGUUGCAGAUAGAAAAGGGCCUGAGAGCCAUUGUGGAGACUUGGAGUACUAUGCAGUUUGAAAUCGUGCCUUAUAAAGAUCGGGGCAUCUAUAGAAUCAAGAGCGUUGAAGAAUGCUUCCAAGCCCUAGAAGAUAAUAUAUUGCAACUGUCCACCAUGAAAAGCACCCGGUUCGUGGAACCGUUCACUAAAAUAGUGGACUAUUGGGAACGGACGCUUUCUUAUAUCAUGGAAACAAUGGAAAUUGCCUUGCAGGUGCAAAGGCAGUGGCUGUACCUAGAGAACAUAUUCCUCGGCGAGGACAUUCGCAAGCAAUUGCCCAAAGAGUCGGAGGACUUUGAUCAACUCACUGAGGACUGGAGGAAUAUUUCCACCAGGCUGUAUUUUUCCAAAACGGCCCUCAAGGCCACCCAUUACAAGCCGCCUCCGUAUUUGUUCAACAAACUGAACAAAAUGAACGAUAAGCUGGACUUGAUGCAGCGAGCCCUUGAAAGAUAUCUGGAAACCAAACGGCACAUUUUUCCGCGUUUUUAUUUCAUUUCAAACGACGACAUGCUGGAAAUUCUGGGCAACUCGAAGAAGCCCGAGCUGGUUCAGCCUCACCUGAAGAAGCUGUUUGAUAAUUUGACCAAAAUCAAAAUCCAGAAAAAUCAAGGCAUCAAUAAGCAAGAAUGCAUCGGUAUGCUGGCCGAUGACGGUGAAUAUAUGGAAUUUGUGAAACCGUUCAUUCUGGAUGGGCCAGCCGAAAUGUGGCUGUUGCAGCUGGAAUCUUCCAUGCGGCAGGUGCUGAAGAACGCAUUCAAGCCAUGCAGGGGCGAGCUGAAGAAGAACCUGAACAAACGAGACAAAUGGUUACUGGCGAAUUGCGGCCAGUUAUGCAACGCCUGCAGUCUGAUUCAAUGGACCACAGACUGCACGCGAGCUCUGGUGCAUGCCAAAAUUAUGGAGAGCAAGAAGCCAUUGAAGCGGCUGCGGAAGAAGCAAAAUCAGGUGUUGGGCAAGUUGUCCGAACUGAGCAGGAAGGAUCUCACGAAAUUGCAACGGCUGAAAGCCAAUGCUCUGAUCACUAUUGAGAUACAUUCAAGGGAUGUGAUUGAUCGCUUGUACAGAGCAAACUGCAGAGAUACAAACUCCUUCGAAUGGUUCUCCCAAUUGCGAUUCUACUGGGACCGGGAGUUGGACGAUUGCAUCAUUCGGCAAACAAACACCUGCUUCAACUAUGGAUAUGAAUACAAUGGAAACUCUGGAAGAUUGGUUAUUACCCCCCUGACCGAUCGGUGCUACAUCACGUUAACUACUGCCCUGCAUCUAUAUAGAGGUGGCAGCCCCAAAGGCCCUGCUGGCACUGGAAAGACUGAAACUGUGAAGGAUUUGGGCAAAGCCAUGGGAAUGUGGGUGAUUGUGAAUAAUUGCUCAGAAGGACUGGACUACAAAAGCAUGGGAAAAUGCUUCUCCGGUCUCGCUCAAACUGGAGCUUGGGGAUGUUUUGAUGAGUUUAACCGGAUUAACAUCGAGGUGCUGUCCGUGGUUGCUCAGCAGAUUUUAUGCAUUCUGCAAGCUUUGACUCUCAAGCAGAAAAGAUUGGUUUUCGAAGGCUAUGAAAUUUGCAUCAAGUGGACGGUAGGCAUUUUCAUUACAAUGAAUCCGGGCUAUGCAGGCCGCACUGAAUUACCCGACAAUUUGAAGUCGAUGUUUCGUCCAAUUUCAAUGAUGGUGCCCGACAGUGCCAUUAUUGCCGAAAAUGUGCUUUUCAGCGACGGAUUCACUAAUACGAAAGCGCUUGCAAAGAAGGUUUUCACGUUGUAUCAAUUGGCAAUUCAGCAGCUGAGCAAACAGGAUCAUUACGACUUUGGCCUGAGGUCAAUGGUGGCUCUGCUGAGGUACGCCGGAAGGAAACGGCGACAAAUGCCUACCGUUCCUGAGGAUCAAGUGGUUUACUUGGCCAUGCGGGAUAUGAACAUUGCAAGAUUUACCGCAAAUGAUUUGCCACUUUUCAACGGCAUCAUGUCCGACAUUUUUCCCGGAGUCGUGAUUCCAAACGUCGACUACUUGGACAUCAAUCUGGCCAUGACGGAAUUUAUGACCGAGAACAACUUGCAACCCAUACCCAUUGCCAUGACCAAAGUGAUUCAGCUGUAUGAGACGAAAAACUCCCGUCACUCCGUAAUGAUCCUCGGUAAAACUGGAACGGCCAAAACCGUCACCUGGAAAACGUUACAGGGAACCAUGGGCAAGCUAAAGCAACAGAAUAAACCCGGAUUCAACAGCGUCCAAAUUUACCCGAUCAAUCCGAAGGCUUUGAACUUGGGAGAAUUGUAUGGGGAAUACAACUUGAGCACCAAUGAGUGGCUGGAUGGCGUGAUCAGCGCCAUAAUGCGGAAGACCUGCUCAGAUGAGUCAGUGGACGAGAAGUGGAUUUUGUUUGAUGGUCCUGUUGAUGCAGUAUGGAUUGAAAACAUGAACAGCGUUAUGGAUGACAACAAAGUGUUAACGCUAAUCAACAGUGACCGAAUCACCAUGCCCGAACAAGUGUCCUUGCUGUUUGAAGUUGGGGACUUAUCCGUGGCAUCUCCUGCAACAGUCAGCAGAUGCGGCAUGGUCUACAACGACUACAAAGACUGGGGAUGGGAGCCGUUUGUUCGCUCUUGGAUCAACACCCAGGCAGCCAAAGGAACCAGAUUUCAGGAGAGCGUGUGGAAUUACUUUUCCUUGUACUUGGACAUGAUUCUGGAAUUCAAGCGCUUCAACUGCAUGGAGAUUGUGGAGUGUUGCGAGAUCAACUUGGUUGCCUCUCUAUGCAAAAUGCUGGAUAUUUUUGCCACUAAGGAAAAUGGAGUUAAUGCAGCCGAUGAGGAACAUUUCGAAGAUGCCAUGCGAAACUGGUUUUUAUUCUGUACGAUUUGGUCAAUUUGCUGCACAACCAAUGAGGAGGGCCGCACUAAGUUCGACACUCUAAUACGAGAAAAAGAGGGCGUGUUCCCUAUUAAGGACAGCAUAUAUGAGUAUUAUGUAGAUGUUCAAAACUACUCGUUCGCCAGCUGGGAAGAGAAGCUCAAGUAUGGUUGGAGGUUCGAGUCUUCGUGGCCAUUCUACAAAAUCAUCGUCCCCACAAUUGAUACAGUGCGUUACGAAUUUGUUGUGAAUGCGCUGCUUCACAAAGGCUGUCCGGUACUCCUGACCGGGCCUGUAGGGACGGGAAAAACCUCAACAGCCCAAUCCGUGCUUGGAACCUUGGACUCGGAUACGUACACCGUUCUGAACGUAAAUAUGAGCGCUCAAACAUCCUCGGCUAAUCUGCAGGAUGCUAUUGAGGGCCGAUUGGAGAAACGCACCAAAGGCCACUAUGCGCCCAGCGGCGGUAAAACGAUGGUGGCCUUUCUGGACGACCUUAACAUGCCGGCCAAGGAGACCUACGGGUCCCAGCCGCCCUUGGAGCUUCUUAGGCAGUGGAUGGAUUAUGGCUUUUGGUACGAUCGGGAAAAGCAGGCCAGGAAAUAUGUGGAGAACAUGCACGUCUUGGGCUCGAUGGGGCCGCCAGGAGGCGGGAGACAAGUGAUUUCCGAUCGUCUUCAAAGCCGCUUCAACGUGAUCAACAUGACAUUCCCGGAUGAGGGCACCAUUGAGAGGAUUUAUGGAACGAUGCUCUUGCAACAUCUGUCGAAUUUCGAUGAGGGGGUCAAGCUGGUAGGGAAAACCAUCACUGAAACCACCAUAGACCUGUAUAACAAUGUGGUGUCCAGGAUGCUUCCGACGCCAACAAAGAUCCACUAUCUCUUUAAUUUGCGAGAUAUUUCUAAGAUUUUCCAAGGGCUGUUGCGCAGCCACAAGGACUACCAAAACGACAAGGCCUCACUGCUCAAGCUGUGGAUUCAUGAGUGUUUUCGCGUGUUCUUUGAUCGGCUGAUCGAUGAUCAGGACCAAGACUGGUUUAUGACGCAAAUGAAUGAGCAAUUGGGGCGGCAUUUCGAUUUGACCCUGCACAGCUUGUGCCCGGGCAGGGAUAUUCCAAUCUAUGCAGACUUUGUAAACCCCUGGAACGUCUAUGAGGAGCAUGCCGAUCCUACUGCCCUGAAAGGGUUUGUGGAGAAGCAAAUGGAAGAGUACAACGUUUCGCCUGGAGUGGUUGCAAUGGACCUGGUACUGUUCAAGGAUGCUUUGGAGCACAUUUGUAGAAUAGUUCGCGUGAUUUCACAACCGAGAGGCAACAUGCUACUUGUGGGAAUUGGGGGCAGUGGACGUCAAUCCCUUUCGAAGAUUGCUGCCUACAUUUGCGAGUACAACACAUUCCAAAUAUCGGUUACCCGAAGUUACAAAACCGUCGAAUUCAAAGAAGACUUGAAAACUCUUUACGGAUUAGCCGGAGUGGCGCUGAAGGAAACCUCGUUUCUGUUCAACGACACCCAAGUGACCGACGAGAGUUUUCUGGAAAUCAUCAACAACAUGUUGAGUAGCGGAGAAGUGGCCAAUCUGUACAAACCGGAUGAGUUCGAAGAUGUGAAGAACAAAUUGGAUAGUGCGGCAAAUAAAGCCGGAAUCCUGCAUACAAAUGAAGCAAUGUACGAGUUUCUGGUGUCCAGAGUUCGGGCCAAUCUGCACAUCGUUCUGUGCAUGAGCCCCAUAGGGGACGACUUCCGAAAUAGACUCAGGCAAUACCCAGCGCUGGUCAAUUGCACGACCAUUGACUGGUUUCAUGAAUGGCCCAAAGAGGCUCUUUUGGAGGUGGCCAGGAAGUUCAUAGCUGAUGUGAAUUUCAGCGAAACUAUAACGGGAAAAGAUCUGGCGAUUAGAAGAGAGUCGCUGGUCCAAUCGACGCAGGAACGAAUGGAGCUGGCCACUUCCGAAGCAUUUGCAACCAUCCACGACUCGGUAGUGCAGUAUUCGAAGCGAAUGCUCAACGAAAUGAAAAGAUACAACUAUGUGACGCCUACGAAUUAUUUGGAAUUGGUUUCAGGGUAUAAGAAAAUGUUGGGGCAAAAGCGAGUGCUGCUCUCAUCGCAGGCCAAUAAGCUAAGAAAUGGYCUCUGGAAAAUCGACGAUACCAAAGCGAAAGUGACCACAAUGUCUGUGGAACUGGAAGAAGCCCAAGUGAAAGUGGCCGAAUUCCAGCAGCAGUGCGACGAUUAUUUGAUCAUCAUUGUUGCUCAAAGAAAGGAAGCUGAUGAUCAACAGAAAGAAGUUGCCAAGAAAAGCAUCAAAAUCGGUGAAGAAGAGAUACAAUGUAAGCGAUUAGCCGAGGUUGCACAGGCCGACUUGGACGAGGCCAUGCCCGCUUUGGACGAAGCCGUCCGAGCGCUGGAUUCACUGAGCAAGAAAGACAUCAGCGAAAUGAAGAGCUAUGGGACGCCUCCUCAAAAAGUGAAAAUGGUUAUGGAGGCUGUGAAUAUUUUAAAAGGAGUUGAGCCCAGCUGGGCGGAAGCCAAGCGCCUCUUAGGCGAAAUCAACUUCCUCAAAGACCUAAAGGAGUUCGACAAAAAUCACAUAUCGGAGAAAACGCUGAAGAAAAUCGCCAACUAUACAAUGAAUGAGGAAUUUAUUCCGGAAAAAGUGGGCAUUGUGUCGUUGGCUGCCAAGUCCCUCUGCCAAUGGGUAAUUGCCAUUGAGAAAUAUGCCAAAGUUUGGAAAGUUGUAGGCCCGAAAAAAGCCAAGCUAGAUGAAGCGCUCGAUUCGCUCAAGGAGAAGCAAGCGAUGCUGGCGGAAGCGCAAGCUAAACUGGCCGAAUUGAACAUGUAUUUGCAAAAGCUGCAAAAGGAGUACGAAGAAAAAUUGGAACAAAAAGAGGAACUAAACAGAAAGGCAGAGCUGUUGAAACUUAAACUGGAACGAGCCGCCACUCUAGUAGACUGUCUGGCAGGUGAACGGCAAAGAUGGGAAGAAACGGUAAAAACUCUGGAUCUAAAAUACACAUUUUUACCGGGCGAUUGUCUAUUGGCGACCGCUUUUAUAUCGUAUUUGGGACCUUUUGUCAGCGUCUACCGAGACGAGCUGAUCAUCAUGUGGCAAAAAUAUAUGGUCACAUUGGAAAUUCCAACGUCCCAGGACUUCAACGUUAUCCAGUUUCUGAGCGAUCCGACAACGAUCCGGGAGUGGAACAUUCAGGGCCUGCCGGCCGAUAAUUUCAGCACAGAAAAUGGGAUUAUUGUUACAACUGGGUCGCGAUGGCCUUUGGUUAUUGAUCCGCAAUGUCAGGCACAAAAAUGGAUCAAAGCUAUGGAGGGAAAGAACAAUUUGCAGGUGAUCGACUUUGGAAUGCCCAACUUCAUGGCAACGGUGGAAAAAGCUGUUCAGUUCGGCCAUCCGGUUCUGCUUCAGAACAUUUCUGAGCAUAUGGAUCCAUCCAUUAAUCCCAUUCUAGCCAAGGCUAUAGUGAGGCAGGGCGGCCAGAAUAUGAUUAAACUGGAUGAUAAAUUCGUCUCCUACGACGAUAAGUUCAAGUUUUUUGUUACCACCAAGCUGACCAACCCCCACUAUGCGCCGGAGGUUUCGACCAAGACCACAAUGGUGAACUUUGCGGUGAAAGAACAGGGUCUGGAGGCGCAGCUUUUGGGCAUUGUGGUUCGCAAGGAAAAGCCGCAACUGGAGGAGCAAAAGGACGAGCUGGUGAUGACAAUUGCAACAGGCAAAAGAACUCUGCAGGACUUGGAGAACGAACUGCUGCGCCUCCUGAACGAAACCAGAGGUUCGCUUUUGGAGGAUGCUGCGUUGUUUAACACGCUGCAAACGUCCAAAGCGACAGCAGAAGCGGUGUUUAAAAGUCUGGAAGUGUCUGAAAAAACGGAGAUUCAAAUUGAUGCUGCAAGAGAGGGAUACAGGCCAUGUGCGAAACGAGCGGCUAUUCUAUUCUUCGUGCUGAAUGACAUGGGAAACAUCGACCCAAUGUACCAGUUUGCCCUGGACGCCUACAUUUUCCUGUUCAGUAAGUCCAUAGCCAAAAGUCCCAAAUGUGCAGUUUUACAAGAUCGCAUCAAUGCGCUGAACGAGUAUCACACGUUUUCCGUUUACCGGAACACAUGUAGAGCUCUGUUCGAAAAACACAAGCUCCUUUUUUCGUUCCACAUGUGCAUAAAGAUUCUGACCGCUCAAGGAAAAAUUGUUGUAAACGAGUACGCGUUUCUGUUGAAGGGCGGCGUUGUGCUGGAUAGAGAAAAUCAGAUGGAAAAUCCAUGUGCAGCCUGGUUGAACGAAAUAGCUUGGGACAAUAUAACCGAAAUGGACAAGUUGCAAGGUUUUCACGGUGUUAUCGAUUCCUUUGAACAGUACUCAAGAGAUUGGUACAAUUGGUACACGCAUACUGAGCCCGAAACGCUUCCACUUAUAGGAGAAUGGGAUGGAAUCUGCAACGAAUUCCAAAAGAUGUUGUUCGUGCGAUCGCUGAGAACUGACCGGGUGUCUUUUUGCAUCUCAAAUUUCAUUGUGAACCAAUUGGGACCCCAAUUCGUCGAACCUCCGGUUCUAGAUGUAAAGGCUGUUUUGGACGAAUCAGUGCCGCAAACUCCGCUGAUUUUCGUGCUCUCGCCCGGAGUGGAUCCGACUUCAGGAUUGAUUCAGCUUGCAGAAACGGCGAAAAUGACCUCAAGGUUUCAGUCCCUAAGCUUGGGCCAAGGCCAGGCUCCAAUAGCUACCAAACUGUUGCAGACUGGAGCCAGAGAAGGCCAGUGGGUGUUCUUGGCCAACUGCCACUUGUCGCUGAGCUGGAUGCCCAAACUGGAUAAAAUCGUGGAAAUUCUCCAAACCGGCAAAGUGAACCCGAAGUUUCGAUUGUGGCUCAGUUCCAGUCCUCAUCCAGACUUUCCCAUUUCGAUUCUACAAGCCGGUAUUAAGAUGACAACUGAACCCCCUAAAGGAAUAAAAGCCAACUUGAAACGCCUCUACCAGCUGCUGACCGAAGAGCAGUUCAGCGCCUGUCAGCAUCCGGAAAAAUACAAAAAGCUGCUGUUUGGUCUCUGUUUCUUCCACUCCAUUCUGCUGGAGCGAAAGAAGUUCCAACAGUUGGGCUGGAAUGUGGUUUACAGCUUCAACGAUUCGGACUUUGAAGUGUCGGAGAAUUUGCUCCAAAUCUAUCUGGACGAAUACACGGAAAACACUCCUUGGGACGCCUUGAAGUAUCUGAUUGCAGGCGUCAGCUACGGCGGCCACGUUACGGACGACUGGGAUAGGAGAUUGCUGACCACCUACAUCAAUCAGUACUUUUGCGAGGAUGCUCUUAAUGUGCCUUAUUUCAGAUUAUCCUCAUUGAGCACCUACUAUGUGCCUCGGGAUGGAUCCCUGCAGUCCUACCAAGAUUACAUCACCCUACUUCCUACUAUCGACAGGCCGGAAGCUUUCGGCCAACAUCCCAAUGCCGAUAUUACGUCUCUGAUCUCUGAGGCGCGCAAUCUAUUCGAAACCCUGAUGUCGCUGCAAAUCCAGAGCGCAACAGCUGCAGGCGAGUCCAAGGAAUCCAAGGUGUCCAAAUUGGCUGCUGAUGUUCUCUCGAAGGUGCCCAAACCGAUCGAUUAUGAGAACACGGACAAGCUGACUGGGGUGAACAAAACGCCUCUGGAUGUGGUGCUUUUGCAGGAGAUUCAACGCUACAACAACCUGCUGAAUUUGAUGAAUUCGUCGCUGCAAGACCUGCAAAAGGGCAUCAAAGGGCUGGUGGUCAUGUCUGCGGAACUGGAGGAAAUAUUCACGUGCAUGUUUGAAGGCCGGGUGCCUUCCGCAUGGUUAAAGGCUUAUCCCUCGUUGAAACUGUUGGGUUCUUGGACCAGAGACUUGAUGGCCAGAGUGGACCACUUUACGACAUGGGCCGUAACUACUCAUCCACCCAUGCUCUUCUGGCUGGCCGCCUACACUUUUCCCACAGGAUUUUUAACUGCCGUUCUGCAGACGGCAGCCCGACAAAACGAAGUUCCCAUUGACUCGCUGAAUUGGGAGUUUACGGUGCUCUCGGUUGAGGAAACCUCAAUACAGCAACCCCCAGAGUCUGGGGUUUAUGUGCGAGGCACCUUCUUGGAGGGGGCUGGAUGGGACCGGAAAAACGCUAUACUAAUCGAGCCGCAGCCCAUGCAGUUGGUCUCAGUGAUGCCGCUAAUUCAUUUCAAACCGGUGGAGCAAAUUAAGAAGAAAUCCAAAGGUCUGUACUUAUGCCCAGUGUACUAUUUCCCGAUCCGAACUGGAGCAGCAAACAGGCCUGCUUAUGUUGUGGCCGUGGACCUAAAGUGUGGCAUGGAAGGCUCCGAUUACUGGAUAAAAAGGGGCACCGCACUAUUACUUAGUUUAGCCAUUUAAUUUUACUAGCAUUUUCAGUUCAAUUUCCCGUUUCUCAUCGAUGAUUAAUUAAACGUUUAACUGGAUAAUGUUCAUUCGGGGGCCUACACGAUUUCAUUGGGCUUAGCAGAUUGUAAACAAUUAGUUCAUUAAUCUAAUAAAGAAAAAAAACAACAAAAAAUUAAUAUUCUUUUUGGAUUACCAAUACUUGCUUGGAAAUCCCAGUUUUUUAUUGUAUCCCG